AUGGCGAGCUGGUUCUGGGACUGGACACGUGUCUGUGUUGUACUGUGGUUAAGUACCGUGGACAGGACGUGUGCUCAGAAUGUCGUGGAGGGGUUUGAGGGUGAAGCAGUGGUCCUACCUUGUACUGUCAGAAUGCAGGAAUACCUGCGUUGGGGAUUUACUAAUUAUGUCCUCCUAAGCAGAACCGAUGGUCAAAUCCUCAAAGAAAACACCCGCUGGAAGGAUGUAAUCAGCCUUGUGGGGAGCAGCAAUAACCUGAGCAUCAGCUCCCUCAGUCGUCAGAGAGAUGACGGCAGGACGUUCACGUGUUACGCUACAGGAUCAGAAACGGGUAGACAGGAGACAACUGUCAGGGUGUUAGUCUUGGAUUCACCAAAUACUGCCACUCCUGUUGUGGUAAUACAGAACGAAAUAGCCACCUUACGGUGCUCUGCUCAAGGGAAUCCCCUACCCACGUUUGAGUGGAGAAAGUCAGGGAGUGCAGAGGUCAAGAGUUCAUCAGCUGAUUACAGGAUAGAGAAUGUACAGAGGGCAGCCGUCGGCGAAUACACGUGUAACGUCAAUAACAGUGUCGGGACUCGACAAACGGCUGUACAGCUCAUUGUACAGUCUUCUGCAGUGUUUCAGAAUCAUUCAGAGAAAAUGAUGGUUGGAUUGAAGAGAUUCGAGAAAAUAUCCGUAUCUUUCUACGCGCGAUCGUCCUCCGGCACUAUCCGGGUGAAGUGGGAGAAAGCCGGAGAGAGUGACGACCUACAGCCUCACCAGGAAGAGGCGGGUAUGGUCAGUCUGGUGCUGUAUGGUCAGAUAGUCAGUCUACCAGGGACAGUCACCAUACUGACACUGGCUGAUGUCCGCCAGGCGGAUGAGGGCAAUUAUACCGUGACCGUCAUCUCUGACAUCAACGUAGUUACCCAGACGUCAAGUACCAGCGUUUACGUCGACGUCUUUGAGAAGCCAUCGGCAAAGAAAGAGAUAUGUGGCAAUCACACUGGAGCAAACACUGUGGCGAUUGUUGGAGGGGUGUUAGGCGGUCUGAUCAUUGUUGUUACAUCUAUUUUCACAGCGAUAAUUGUGAUGUUAUGGAGAAGAUUGAAAACAAAAGGUUGGACUUCGGAGACUUCAUUUAACAUUCAACUUCCCAGAGACUGUUAG